GAAUCAGAUCCCCCACAAUCAGGCGUUAGUCUAUCGUCUAUCCUUUGAUAUUUAGUUGCCGGGCUGCCCUCCCGGCGCAUGUUUCGCUUCAUCCUCGAUUUCUGGGAGCGAUUUGUCCGCGCGAAGGCUGUAUCAUAUCCGGAGCCAGAGAAGUCACACAGCCAGAGUUGCUACUCCGUACUGUCUGCUAUUUAUAUACUGCCCCCGUCGAUUGUUUGGCGCAAAAGGGGAAGCUUUUAAAGCCGACACGACAUUUCAAACUCCUGGAGGCGGUCGCCAUUCUUGCCUUCUUCCUCCUUUUGCAUCUUCUCUCUCUCUCAGCAUCCCAAACAUAUCACCAUCUCGAGAACUACCCACAACUCCCCUGUCCACCAACAUGGCCGAUUCAACCCUCUACCUCUAUACCUCCCUGACCGCGGGGUCGUCCCAUAUCGUCACCGCCACGGCACGCUUGGAGACGAUCCUGAAGGCCAACAAGCUCCCUUUCCGCGCAAUCGAUGUGGCCACCGAUGAUGCCGCCCGGAAGCUCUGGGGCCGACGCUCCAAGGGCAAGAAACUCCCCGGGCUGGUAAAAUUCGGCCAGGUUGUCGGAGACCUGGAGGAGGUCGAAGAAUGGAACGAAUACGGUGAGCUGCGGAUGACGGUUAACAGCGUCGAAGACAUCGACGGAAUCCCGGCCUCUAGUACCACGACCGCAGCCCCCGCCACCCCCUCGGCCACAUCCACGCCCACACCCGAGACCGUCACCCUCAAGCAGAGCACCAUCAAGAUCCAGAGCCCUCCGUCCAAGGAAACUCCAAAGGACAGUUCCGCCACGAUCGCCAUGCGCCAGGCCAGCGAGGAGGCCGCGGCCAAGGCCAAGGCCGCCAGCACCCCCGCGCCUGCGCCCGCACCCACAUCCACACCCAAAGAACCGGCCCCGGCGGCUGCAGACGAGAAGAACCCGACUCCGGCAGCCGGCGAGCAGUCCCAGGCUGGACAGGAAGACACUCUUUAGGGAUGGUCGGGCACCACCGUGGCUCGAUCAUUUCGGCCACGUCCAAGGAGGAACAGGCGAAGGUGGCCCAGGAUCUGCGGAAGUCGAUAUCCGGGGGCGAGCAGGAACUGUUGAAGUCAUUGCGAGAGGACCAU